AUGGCUUCCAUGACCUCUGAAACUGCUUCUUCUUCUUCUUCUUCUUCUUCUUCUUCUUCUUUGCCUCAACGGAAAUACCAAUACGAUGUUUUUCUCAGUUUUAGAGGCGAAGACACCCGCAACAACUUUACGAGCCAUCUGUACGCCGCUUUGGAUAAAAAAGGAAUUAAGACCUUUAGGGACAACGAACUUGAGAGAGGAAGACCCAUUCGGCCAUAUCUUCUGAUAGCCAUAGAAGAAUCGAGGUUUUCCAUCAUCAUUCUCUCGAGAAACUAUGCGUCGUCGACGUGGUGCUUAGAUGAACUUGCAAAGAUUGUUGAGUGCAUGAAACAGACAAGGCUCACAGUUUUUCCUGUUUUCUACGACGUGGAUCCCUCUGACGUACGCCAAGCUGGGAGGGGGAGUUUACUCAUUCAUCAAAAAACUGAGAUGGGGAGUUUUGCACAGGCCUUUGCUGAACAUGAAGAACGUUUCAAGGAGAAUAGAGAGAUGGUGCAAAGAUGGAGAGAUGCUUUGAUAGAAGUGGCCGAUGCAUCCGGAUGGCAUGUAAAGGACAGGCCCGAGGCAGAAGUUAUUGAAGAAAUUGUUGUGGAGAUACUUGAUAAAUUGAAUUCUAUAGUUCGGCUGAUUGUUUCUGAUGAUCUUUUUGGCAUAGAGUCUCGUGUAGACAAAAUGCUGAAUUCAUAUUUAGGUAUAGGGGUGGAUGAUGUUCGCUUUGUAGGAAUAUGUGGCAUGGGUGGAAUUGGUAAAACAACUCUUGCACGUGCUAUUUACGAAAGAAUUACUUGUCAAUUUGAAGCUAAUUGCUUUCUUGCCAAUGUUAGAGAAGAAGCUGGAAAAAAUGGUUUAGUUGCUUUACAAGAACAACUUCUUUCCAGUACUAUCCAGACAAAAAGCAAUAUUAAUAUACAAAAUGAUUACGAGGGAGCUAAUGUGAUCAGAAAAAGACUAUAUUGUAAAAAAGUUCUUAUCAUUCUUGAUGAUGUGGACCAACUUGAACAAUUACGUGCAUUAGCAAAACAUCGUUGCUGGUUUGGUGGAGGGAGCAGAAUCAUCGUAACAACUAGAAACAAGCGUCUGUUGAUUGAACAUGAUGUGGCCGAAGAUGGAAUAUAUGAGGCUAUGGGAAUGAAUUACAAUGAAGCACUCCAACUCUUUUGUCGGAAAGCCUUCAAGGAAGACAGCGCCCCUAAAGAUUUUGUGGAGCUGUCCAAGAAGUUUUUAAAUUACGCUAAAGGCCUUCCUUUAGCCCUUGAAGUUUUGGGUUCAUCUUUGUAUCAAAGAAGUGAAGAUGUAUGGAAAAGCAUGCUAAGAAAGCUAAAAGAAAUCCCUGAUGAGAAAAUCCACGAUAAACUUCAAAUAAGUUUUGAUGGACUCUCAGAUUUAGAGAAAAAAAUAUUUUUAGACAUUGCUUGUUUCUUCAAAGGGGAGGACAAAGAUCGUGUGGAAGAUAUAUUAGAGAGUUUUGGUUACCACCCAAAAAUCGGUAUAGAUAAUCUCAUUAAUAAGUCACUUAUAACCAUCUCAAGUAAACAAUUGCAGUUGCAUGAUUUGUUAGAAGAAAUGGGUCGGGAGAUCGUUCGGCGUGAAUCUUGUGAAGAGCCUGGCGGACGAAGUAGAUUGUGGUUUUGGGAAGACAUCCAUCAUGUGCUGACGAAUAAUACAGGAACAGAAAGAGUUGAAGGCAUAGCCCUAAGGGGUGGUCCACCUACAUUACACUUGAAUGCUGAAGCCUUCUUGAAGCUGCCGAACUUAAGAUUUCUCAAAAUCGUGUGCUGUUGUGAACCCUUUAGUUAUCCUCCUAACAAGUUGCGGGCUAUUGAUUGGGAAGGUCUUAGUUAUCUUCCUAACAAGUUGCGUGUUAUUGAUUUGCCUCUAUAUCCUUUGAAGUCUUUGCCAAUGAGUUUCUCACCUGAUAAACUCGUUAAACUCGAAAUGCAUUUUAGCCUCAUUGAAGAAAUAUGGAACGAAAAGAAGAGUUUACCCAAGUUAAAGAUCCUUGACCUUAGUUACUCUUACAACUUGAUCAACACUCCGGACUUCACUAGAGCCCCAAAUCUUGAGAAGCUGAUUUUUAAACAAUGUGAGAGGUUAUAUGAGGUGCACCCAUCUGUUGCAGGUCUCAAACAACUUACUUUACUGAACUUGAAAGGAUGUAGAUCUCUUACUAGCCUUCCAUGCAACAUUAGCAUGGAUUUCCUUGAAACUUUGAUUCUUUCUGGUUGUUCGAAGCUCAAGAAGUUUCCAGAAAUUAUGGGAGAUAUGAAACGUUUGAAGGAACUGAAAUUGGAUAGGACUGCCAUAAAAGAACUUCCAUUAUCAAUUAGGCGUUUAAGUGGCCUUACUUUACUGAACUUGGAAGGAUGCAGAUCUCUUACUAGCCUUCCAUGCAACAUUAGCUUGGAUUCCCUUGAAAUUUUGAUUCUUUCUGGUUGUUGGAACCUCAAGAAGUUUUCAAAAAUUGUGGGAGAUAUGAAACGUUUGAAGGAAUUGAAACUGGAUGGGACUGUCAUAAAAGAACUUCCAUUAUCAAUUUGGAGUUUAAGUGGCCUUACUUUACUGAACUUGAACGGAUGCAGAUCUCUUACUAGCCUUCCAUGCAACAUUAGCUUGGAUUCCCUUGAAAUUUUGAUUCUUUCUGGUUGUUGGAAGCUCAAGAAGUUUCCAGAAAUUGUGGGAGAUAUGAAAUGUUUGAAGGAACUGAAAUUGGAAGGGACUGCAAUAGAAGAACUUCCAUUAUCAAUUGGGCGUUUAAGUGGCCUUACUUUACUGAACUUGGAAGGAUGCAGAUCUCUAACUAGCCUUCCAUGCAACAUUAGCUUGGAUUCCCUUGAAAUUUUGAUUCUUUCUGGUUGUUGGAGCCUCAAGAAGCUUUCAGAAAUUGUGGGAGAUAUGAAACGUUUGAGAGAACUGAAACUGGAUGGAACUGCCAUAAAAGAACUUCCAUUAUCAAUUGGGCAUUUAAGUGGCCUUACUUUACUGGACUUGGGAGGAUGCACAUCUCUUACUAGCCUUCCAUGCAACAUUAGCUUGGAUUCCCUUGAAAUUUUGAUUCUUUCUGGUUGUUGGAAGCUCAAGAAGUUUCCAGAAAUUGUGGGAGAUAUGAAACGUUUGAAGAAACUGAAAUUGGAUGGGACUGCCAUAGAAGAACUUCCAUUAUCAAUUGGGCGUUUAAGUGGCCUUACUUUACUGGACUUGAACAGAUGCAGAUCUCUUACUAGCCUUCCAUGCAACAUUAUCUUGGAUUCCCUUGAAAUUUUGAUUCUUUCUGGUUGUUGGGAGCUCAAGAAGUUUCCAGAAAUUGUGGGCGAUAUGAAACGUUUGAAGGAACUGAAAUUGGAUGGGACUGCCAUAGAAGAACUUCCAUUAUCAAUUGGGCGUUUAAGUGGCCUUACUUUACUGAACUUGGAAGGAUGUAGAUCUCUUACUAGCCUUCCAUGCAACAUUAGCUUGGAUUCCCUUGAAAUUUUGAUUCUUUCUGGUUGUUGGAACCUCAAGAAGUUUUCAGAAAUUGUGGGAGAUAUGAAACAUUUGAAGGAACUAAAACUAGAUGGGACUGCCAUAAAAGAACUGCCAUUAUCAAUUGGGUGUUUAAGUGGCCUUACUUUACUGAAUUUGAAACAAUGCAGAUCUCUUACUAGCCUUCCAUGCAACAUUAGCUUGGAUUCCCUUGAAAUUUUGAUUCUUUCUGGUUGUUGGAAGCUCAAGAAGUUUCCAGAAAUUGUGGGAGAUAUGAAACGUUUGAAGAAACUGAAAUUGGAUGGGACUGCCAUAGAAGAACUUCCAUUAUCAAUUGGGCGUUUAAGUGGCCUUACUGUACUGGAUCUAGCAGACUGCAAAAGUCUUUUGACUCUUCCAAGUGUCGUUUGUAAUUUGACCUCUCUCCAAUAUCUCAUUUUAUUCGGUUGCUCAAAAGUUGAUAAAUUGCCAGGGAACCUUGGGAACUUGAAACAAUUGAAGAAACUUGGUGUCUGGGGAACUGCUAUAAGACAAGUACCAUCCUCCAUUCAGUAUUCUUCAGUGAAGGUCAUUUGGUUUUCUUGGGAUUACUUUGGUCUAGAUCUCGAUGUAAACUAUUAA